CACCACCACCCUCCUUUAGGCACACGCCGGCGUGCGUCAGCUUCACCCGGAGCUGUGAGCCUUCGAUGACUAAGCCAUGCCUGCUGGCAGCCAGGCAGCACAUUUACCUUCAGUGGGUUUCCUCCUGGAUCGGUACGUUUGACCUGCGGGGAAAACAGGAGUUCUGCGGGCGUCGUGAAGAGCGGCCGGAACAUGGCACAGAUGCAGAAGAAGACCAGCACCAUGUCUCUGACCAUCUCCUCCUCCUCCUCGGUUUCUUCCUCCCGAGAGAUGUCCUCCUCCUCUGUUGCUCAAAGGCACUCCAGCCUGGUUCAGCCGCUGUGUGUCGACCCUCAUAGGACUCAAAGUCCCGUCUACAACCAGCAGAAUUCAAGGAACGGAGUCGCUCCCACUUUUGUUAAGUGCCUCCAUGACGUGUCCACACUGAAGGGUCAGCUGGUGGUCCUGGAGUGCAGACUGAGAGGGACCCCCCCUCUGCAGGUCAUGUGGUACAGAGAGGAGAAACCAAUUUUAGACUCGGAGGACUUCAGGAUCCUGCGCAAGAAGGCCAGCUCUGCCUCAGUGCCAGAGGAGCUGUGCACUCUGGUGAUCACUGAGGCGUUUCCUGAGGACUCAGGCUUGUUCAAGUGUGUGGCUCUCAAUUCCUUUGGCAGCGUCUCCUGUUCUGCCACACUGGACGUUUACAAUGACCUGGAGGAGGAACUGGAGUACGAGGCUGUGCAGCAACAACAGGAGGAGGGAAAUUCUCACAGACAAGAAAAGGUGAAAGACAGCCCACCGGAGAGCAGCGAGGACUCUCCUCCUGAACUGCCAAACCUCAUGAACCUUCCUCCUCCAGAGUGGCCUGACAGUCCAUUGGAAGACAACAGCUUUGCAGAUCCCUACCAGCCCCCAUCGGUCAAACCGUUCUCUGAAGAACCUCAUGGUUACAGCGAGGAGGAAGGUUUCCAGAGUCCAAACGGCCAAAGGUCACUAGAGGUCCUUUUAGGAGUCUCUACGCCUAGUCCCCCUCCUCCGCCUUCUCCACCUCCGGCAGCUCAGGUGAAGGAAAAAGCUCCAGCGGCCAAACUGUUCACCCCAAGCAAGCUCAGUUUCACUUCCUCCCAGUCAGGAGGCAACAGCAUGAACCUGUCGGACCUCCCCACCUUCACUCCCAGCACCUUCCCCCCCAGCGCCUUCAACUACGAGCGACCGAGGCAUUUCAUCCAAUCGCAGCCGGCCUUCCAGGCCCCGAGCUACGACAGCGUUCUGCGGGACGCGCAGGAGAACCACAGCAGCCCGCAGAACCUCUACGGAGCCCAGCUCAGUCACACGGAGAGUUCCCAAACUCAGACGCUGUCAAAGUCCACGCUGCAGUCUCAGUUUCAGUCCCUAAGUCUGACCCAGAACCAGUCAGUCACCCAGGACCAGUCGGUCAGUCAGAACCAGUCAGUCGGUCACUCCCACAUCCAGAACCAGUCGGUCAGUCAGAACCAGUCAGUCAGUCACUCCAAGAUCCAGAACCAGGCCAAUGGAACACGGAAGUCCUCUCCAUCUUCAUCCAGCCUCAGUUCUCCAACCUCCACCCCAGCCUCCUCUACUGCACCUCCUCCUCCUCCUCCUCGCUCUUCCUCCCCCACCCCCAUAAAUGCGUCCUCCCUCCCUCGCUCUACAGUGCGCUCCACCAUCACUCUUACUCCCAGGGUUCCUAGCGCCACUGGCCUCGGCAGCGCCACCCUCCCAGCCAAUCAGGACGCUCUGUCCGCCUCCGCUGCAUACCUCUGUUCAGUGCUGCCCUCCCACUCCUCUUCCAAAUUAUCUCCCAGCUCCUCUUUUGCCCACCCCUCCACCUCACCCUCUCGCUCCCCGCUCUCACCCUCCAGCCCCCUCCUCCCACCGAAGACCUCGUCCUCCUCAUCCUCCCUCCCCCAUCAACCUUCACCUGUGUCCCCAUCCCUCCCUCACUCCCCCCUUUCUCCCUCUUCCUCCUCUCAACACGACACUCCCCCCAGCCGGAACAGGGUGACGCCUGCCGUCGUGUCUCUGCCUGCCAGUUACAAAGUGACCCCAAACAGUAUUCCCAAACCCAUCCUAAAGAAGUCUGUAGCACCUCGGCCCUCUUCGUCCCGCUCCACAGAUGAAGACAUCCAGGGCUCCAAAGACGCCCUGAUUCAGGAUCUGGAGAAGAAGCUUCGCUCAAAGGAAGCCCGGAGAAGACACAGCCAGAAACUCUCCUAUGAGGAGCGAAUGGCUCGAAGGCUCCUGGGUCCAGAAAAUGCGACCUGCAUGUUCGACCAGGACCAGUAUUUAGACUCGCCAACUGAGCAGGCCGACGUGCUGCAGCCAGACUCUCCAGAAGGAAGACGCACCGGUGGACUGUGGGGGAGGCGCCACUCGGGGACGGACAGGAGGAGCAACGAGGGCUCGGCUAUUCAGGAGAAAUGUUACGCUCCUCGCUUCCUGCAAACCCCCCCAGACCUGACUGUGGAGGAGGGCCGCUUCUGCAGGAUCGACUUCAAGGUUGGAGGACUCCCGACUCCAGAUGUUUCCUGGUACUUGGACGGAAAAGCCAUCCGUCCCGACGACUACCAUAAGAUGCUGGUGUGCGAGAAAGGGAUGCACUCGUUCAUCAUAGAGAUCGUCACGGUGCACCACGCCGGGGUGUACGAGUGCGUGGCCAGGAACCGGGCCGGCGAGAGCAGGUUCACCAUGAGACUGGAUGUUCUGGCUCAGGAAGUUCUUCGUCCCCCCAGCUUCGUGCAGAAGAUGCUGAACACCAGAGCUCUGGAGGGGGACACCGUCAGGUUUGAGUGCAAGGUGGAUGCCUCCCCGCCCCCACAGCUGCACUGGAAGAAAGACAAGGACAUGCUGCGCAUCGACCCCAGCAGGAUGAGUCUGUACCAGGACGGCUCGGGGCGGCAGUGCUUGCUGAUAGAGCGGGUGGUGAAGGCGGACGCGGGCUGGUACACGCUCUCCGCCAUCAACGAAGCGGGCAUGUCCACCUGCAACGCCAGGCUGGAUGUCGGAACUCGAACCACGCCAGCUAUCAAAACGGCGCCCCCCGGCUCAAAGACCCUGAAGCUGCUGUCCUCUGUGAGCAUUCCCGCUCUGACGGUGGAGAGCCCCGCCCAGCACACCGCCCCGCUGUACGAGAGCGAGGAGCUGUAGGUCCCGGCUUCACGCCACUCCUGCACUUACCCACAUCCAACAGGGAGGGCGCUUGAAUCCGUAAAGGACAGGUACGCUUUGCUUAACAGGAGGGAGGAUAAAAACCCGGAGAACCUGAGACGCUGCUUGCUUGAAACUUGAUGGAAACUUUUCUAAACUGAGCAUCUCUGAAGGGUUCAGUCCUGCUGCAGUUUGGCGUUAGGCCAGAUGGUGGCGCACUUUUGAAUGUGAUCAAGCUCCAUUUGAACAAAUGGAGAAACUUGUGUUUUUGUCCCCGACAGAGCAAACAAAUUUUGUGUUUCCACCCCGACUUUUCUGCACUUAUCUGCCCCCUUCACCCGCUUUCAUCCUCAUUUGUGUGAAGAAACCUGUCUGAAGGUCAAAGUGCUACGCCUGAACGGUGCUUUUUUAUGUCAACGAGAUGGAAGUCAUUUUAACUGGAUUUAAAUAUGAUAUGGAAAGCUUAAAUAUCAUCACAACCAGCAUCUUUACUGUGACGGAUUCCUGCAGCUGAACUGUUCUUUCCUUCACCUGUGAUGAAAGCGUUCAGCUCAGCGGUCUUUGUGCUUAAAGCACAAAUAAAGUAGAUUUUUAGAAGUUGUGUUUGUUGUGUUAAAAGUUCUAUCUAAUCACUGGAUGAUUGUGGAAUAAAGUCUAUGACACGUGA